GAGACUGUGCAGGAUUAUAUGGUUCGUCUAACCAGAAUCCACACUGAUCAUAGUGGACUUGACGCUCCUGCAGCCAGAGCAGAAAAUGCUGAUGCGGUUUCUUCCUGGGAAGCACACUUGCGCAAUAGCUUCCUACUGGGACUGAAGCCAGAAUUGGCCAAUUCCAUCAAACAACACUGUAUUGGAUAUUAUCGACAACCUCUCAGCGUUAUUGAAGAUCAUGCCAGACACUAUGAGAUUCUCUUCAAAAAUCAAGAGAAGAAAAAGGAGAAGAAAAAGUCUGAAACGAUGGAUCAAGCUAUGUUAACGAUGGUACAGCAGGUAACGGAGCUAACUGCAAGCUCCCAGAGAGGAAAAGGAAGAGCACGAGGAAAAGGAAGAGGUAGAGGAAGAGGUGGACGAGGUGGACGAAGUGGAUUUGCUGGUAACGGGCCUGUAUUCCGACCACCAGCUCCUCAACAACAGCAACAAAACAGUCAAGAGGACGAAACUGAAGUGGAUUGGACAAACAGGUGCUAUGCCUGCAGAAGGGAAGGACACUUUGCUAGAGACUGUCCUGGAGAAGUUGACAGCAGUGCGUCAAACAAGUGACGGGCGGCGGAGAGGCAGGACGGCACAGACGAGUCCACUGAGUCAUCGGACAGGGAAGUAGAUCUUUCUGUCUCUUACCUUAGUUUAGUGCAGCAAUUAACCAAUAAUCCUACAGCAAUGCCAAUGUUAAAUGUUGAAGUAUGUGGAAAGACAUUGAAAUUUAUGGUUGACAGCGGUGCUGGUUAUUCUGUAAUUAGGGCUGAGGAUUUGAAAUGUGAAACACAACCAGGAAAACAUACAGCAUUAAUUGGGGCAAUUUGCCAAAUUCCUAAGCCCACAACAAAGAAGCAACUGCUUUCCUUUUUAGGAAUGUGUUCGUACUGCCGCACUUUCAUUUCCUCCUAUGCAGAGCAGGAGGGCCCUCUAAGGGACAUUAUUCCUACAAAAGGGGUUAGCACUGCAAAACUGCAGUGGACACAAGAGGCAGAAGAAGCAUUUAUACAGCUUAAGGUGGCUUUGCAAAAUAUGCCAGCAUUGGGCAUACCUGAUCCAACUAAACCUUUUGUUCAGAUGGUAGAUGCAAAAGGCAUCUAUAUGACUUCAGUGCUUACUCAAAAACAUGGAGAUAAGCUUCGCCCUGUUGCAUACUUCUCUUGUAAGCUGGACUCAGUGGCUCAGGGCCUGCCCACCUGCCUUAGAGCAGUGGCAGCAGCAGAAAAGGCACUAAUAGCUUCAAGAGACAUUGUGGCUUAUGCUCCACUUACAUUAAAGGUACCACAUGCAGUGCACAACAUUCUCCAAGAUCAGAGAGUUGCACAUCUAUCAGCCCAGAGAUGGCUGCGAUAUCACACUGCUUUACUUGACAUGCCUAAUGUUACAGUACAACGUUGUAGCACGCUCAAUCCUGCUUCCCUCCUGCCAACUCCAGAGGAUGGGGAGCCACACGACUGUCAGCUGUUGCUGCAGCACGCGUGCACACCACGAAUUGAUUUGCAAGAAGAGCCAUUGCACAAUGCGCAAAUGGAGCUCUUUGUUGAUGGCUCAGCAAGCAGAGAUAAGACAGGAACGAACAGAGUAGCAUACGCUGUAGUGUCAGCCACAGAGGUCUUGGACACUGGCGUUUUGCCCAGCUCUUACUCAGCACAGGCAGCUGAGCUAGUAGCCCUUACAAAAGCAUGCGAAUUGGCAAAAGGUCAAUCAUUGAAUGCGUACACUGACAGCCGGUACGCAUGGGGCGUGGCAAAUGAUUUUGGUUUUAUGUGGAAGCAGCGUAAUUUCCUGACAAGUUCAGGAACAAAGAUCAAACACCAUGAGCUGAUUAACAACUUGCUUUCUGCUCUUUUGCUUCCCUCACAGAUCGCAGUAAUCAAGUGUGCCGCACACACAUCCACAGGAGAUCCAGUGAGCAGGGGAAAUGCGUUUGCAGACAGCGUCGCUAAGCACACAGCUCAUAAUGCAAACAUCACAGCUGCACAAAUUUCUACACCAGAGCAGGAGAAACCUUCCUUAAUUGACAUUCAGUCAAUGGCAACACCAUUAGAAAAAAAAUUGUGGGCUAAAACUGAUUGUUACAAAGACAAUGGCAUUUGGAGACAGAAAUCCACCAACAGGCCGCUCCUGCCCAAACAAUAUGCUAAGGUUUUGAUCAAAAUUGUCCAUGGGAGGAGUCACAUGGCCAAGGGAGGGAUAGUAGAGCAGAUUUCCAGGUAUUGGUAUGCACCUGGACUCCACACACUUGCCCAAAUUUUUUGUUCUUCAUGUCUCAUCUGUGCUCAACACACACACAGACAUGCUGCACCACUCACACAGCAGCCAGCAGGUCAUCCACCUGCCACAGAACCAUUUCAACACUGGCAGAUAGACUUUGUAGAGCUAACUCCAGCUGAAGGAAAAAAGUUUCUCCUGGUCUGUGUUUGCAUGUUCAGUAAAUGGAUUGAAGCUUUCCCAACAGGUAAACAGGAUGGAGAAGCAGUGGCUAAAGCAUUUCUCAGAGAACUGAUCCCAAGAUUUGGUCUGCCAAAAAGGGUUUCUAGCGACAAUGGCACACCAUUUGUACACACAGGGCUCAAAAGUUUGACCAAAUAUUUGGGUAUUGACAUGCACAAGCAUUGUAGUUACCACCCCGCCUCAGCAGGGGCAGUAGAGAGAGCAAACGGCACCAUCAAAAAUGGAUUGGCAAAAAUUACACAGCAAACAGGUCUAAAUUGGGUUAAAUGUCUCCCUCUGGUCCUGUGGCAAAGCAGAACCAGGGUGCAAGCAAAAACAGGCCUAAGUGCAUUUGAGAUUGUUUUUGGCAGACCUCCCAAUGUAGGAGUGGGGCCCCCCCCCCACUGGAGGAUCAACUGUUAGACCACACACUUGUUGAAUACUGUAUCUCAUUGCAUGAUUCUCUUUUGUCUGC